AUAUGUUCUUACGCUUCACAUCUUUGUUCUGUGCAAAAUCCCUUUGAGAUAGAAAGACCAGCAAAUGACCUCUGCCUGUCUGUAAUCAUCUAAUUUCCGAUCUGUUUCUUUCUACAAUCUAAGUUUGAGACAGGACAAACAAUGUCAUCCUUGAGCAGAGAGCUUGUCUUCCUUAUUCUUCAGUUUUUGGAGGAAGAGAAAUUCAAAGACAGUGUUCAUAGACUGGAGCUAGAAUCAGGAUAUUUCUUCAACAUGAGAUAUUUUGAGGAAUUAGUGACAAAUGGAGAAUGGGAUGAUAUUGAGAAGUAUUUAUCGGGAUUUACAAAGGUAGAUGAUAACAGAUACUCAAUGAAGAUCUUUUUCGAGAUUCGGAAACAAAAGUAUUUGGAAGCCCUCGACAGGAAAGAUCGUUCUACGGCUGUGGAGAUUCUAGUGAAGGAUUUGAAAGUCUUUGCAGCGUUUAAUGAAGAUCUCUUUAAAGAAAUAACUCAGCUUCUAACCUUGGAGAAUUUUAGGGAUAAUGAGCAAUUAUCUAAGUAUGGGGAUACAAAGUCUGCUAGGAAUAUAAUGCUCGCUGAACUGAAAAAGUUGAUUGAAGCUAACCCUUUGUUUAGAGAUAAGCUGGCGUUUCCUAGUCUGAAAAACUCGAGGCUUAGGACACUAAUCAACCAGAGCUUGAAUUGGCAGCACCAGCUUUGUAAGAAUCCAAAGUCUAACCCUGACAUCAAGACCUUAUUUGUAGACCAUUCUUGUGGACAAUCGCAGCCAAAUGGUGCCCGUGCUCCAUCACCUGUUGCUAAUCCCUUAAUGGGUGCUGCUCCUAAAACCGGGGGGUUUCUACCUUUAAGUGCACAUGGACCAUUUCCAUCUGCACCCGCUCCUCCUAUGCCAACUUCUCUUGCCGGUUGGAUGGCUAGUCCUUCUUCUGUUCCUCAUCCCUCAGCAUUGACUGUGCCCAUUGGUUUCACCACUCCUAAUAAUUCUGCAGCACUUUUAAAGCGUCCAAGAUCUCCUCCUACAAACAACACUGCUGCGGAUUAUCAGUCAGCAGAUUCUGAACAUGUAUUAAAGAGAGCAAGACCUUUUGGAAUGAUAGAUGAAGUUAACAACCAUCUUGUUAAUAUGCUACCAGUUGGAUUUAGUGCUCAGAGUCAGAGCCAUGGUCAGAGUUCAUAUUCUUCUGAUGAUUUGCCAAAAGCUGUUGUCAUGAAUCUUAAUACAGGAUCAGCUGUUAAGAGCAUGGAUUUCUAUCCUGCUCAACAAACUAUUCUUCUUGUUGGGACCAAUACCGGCGAUAUUAUGUUAUGGGAGUUAGGCAGUCGUGAGAGACUCGUUGUUCGUAACUUCAAGGUUUGGGAACUUGCAACUUGUUCUGUCUCGUUACAGGCAUCUCUAUCCGGUGAUUAUGCUGCAUCGGUCAAUCGUGUAACAUGGAGUCCCGAUGGUACCUUGUUUGGUGUUGCAUACUCUAAGCACAUUUUUCAUGUAUACUCGUAUAAAGGAGGUGAUGAUGUCCGCAACCAUAUAGAGGUUGAUGCUCACGUUGGAAGUGUCAAUGACAUUGCUUUCUCUUAUCCAAAUAAACAACUCUCAGUUAUCACUUGUGGCGAGGAUAGGCUCAUCAAGGUGUGGGAUGCGGCUACGGGAGCCAAACAAUUCAUCUUCGAGGGACACGAAGCACCCGUAUACUCUUUGUGUCCGCACCAAAAGGAGAAUAUUCAGUUUAUCUUUUCAACUGCAACAAAUGGGAAAAUAAAGGCAUGGCUAUAUGAUAAUGCGGGAUCUAGAGUUGACUAUGAUGCACCAGGUCAUUCCUCCACUGCAAUGGCAUACAGUGCUGAUGGAUCGAGGUUGUUUUCGUGUGGAACCAAUAAAGAAGGAGAUUCUUACCUUGUGGAAUGGAAUGAAAGCGAAGGUGCAGUCAAACGUACUUAUCAUGGACUUGGAAAGCGAGCGAAUGAAGUUGUCCAAUUUGACACCACUAGGAACCGGUUCUUAGCAGUUGGAGAUGAAUUCAUGGUGAAAAUUUGGGAUAUGGACAAUCUUAAUAUAUUUACAACAAUAGAUGCAGAUGGUGGACUCUCGGCUUCUCCUUGUGUUAGAUUCAGCAGGGAAGGGCUAUUUUUGGCUGUCUCAACAAAUGAUAACGGUAUUAAAAUCUUGGCAAAUUCAGAUGGAGUUCGGUGUCUUCGAACUCUAGAAAGUAGAUCGUUUGAUGUUUCUAAGGUUGGCUCUGCGCCAAUUGUGAAGUGUGUACAGGCCCCUUCUAUAACUGCGUUUGGUUCUGCUAGUGGAACUGUUGGAUCAAACGUCAUCGACCGUCCUGGUCAGAUGGUGCCGAUUCUUGCAAUGAAUGGUGAUAAUGCAAGAAGCUUGCCAGAUGUAAAACCUAGAAUUAACGAGGAAUCAACAGAAAAGUCUAGGAUUUGGAAACUGACAGAAGUGAACGAGGCAUCACAGUGUCGAUCCUUGAGACUGCCUGAUAAUUUGACUACAACAAGGGUAUCGAGGUUGCUAUAUACAAAUUCUGGACUCGCUAUAUUGGCUUUAUCAGCAAAUGCAGUCCACAAACUUUGGAAAUGGCAGAGAAGUGAAAGGAACGUAACUGGGAAAUCAACUGCUAACAUCGCACCUCAACUGUGGCAACCCGCGAGUGGAACUUUGAUGACAAACGAUAUUAGUAACACUAAUCCUGAAGAGGCUGUUUCUUGCUUUGCACUUUCGAAAAAUGACUCUUAUGUUAUGUCUGCUUCUGGAGGCAAAGUCACUUUGUUCAAUAUGAUGACUUUCAAGACUAUGACCACAUUCAUGGCGUCACCACCAGCAGCAACAUUUCUGGCGUUCCAUCCACAAGACAAUAAUAUUAUUGCCAUUGGCAUGGAAGAUUCGUCAAUCCAAAUAUACAAUGUCAGAUCCGACGAGGCUAAAACCAAACUCAAAGGCCACCAGAAGAGAAUAACUGGGCUUGCCUUCUCUAAUGUUUUGAAUAUCUUAGUGUCUUCAGGGGCAGAUUCUCAGCUUUGUGUCUGGAGUACAGAUGUGUGGGAGAAGCAGACAAGUAAGUUCUUGCAGGUUCCGACUGGUCGAACACAGGCUCCUUUAGCCGACACCAAAGUGCAGUUUCACCAAGAUCAGAUCCAUUUAAUGGUAGUUCAUGAAACUCAGAUAGCCAUAUAUGAAGCUCCUAAGCUCGAUUGCCUUAAGCAGUGGGUCCCGCGAGAAGCGAGUGGUCCGAUCACACAUGCAGCCUAUUCAUGCGACAGUCAGUCCAUUUAUGUCAGCUUUGAAGAUGGAAGUAUAGGCAUUUUAACUGCUGCUAACUUACGGUUGAGAUGUCGAAUUAAUCCAUCUGCUUAUCUACCUACAAACCCGAGCUUAAGAGCACAUCCUCUGGUCAUUGCUGCUCAUCCAACCGACACUAAUCAGUUUGCUUUGGGACUUAGCGAUGGUGGAGUUUACAUCAUCGAACCGUUAGAAUCGGAAGGAAAAUGGGGCACUUCUCCACCACAUGAAAAUGGUGCCGGGCCAAGCACAGCUCCAUCUGGUGCCCCCGUUUCAGAUCAACCCCAAAGGUAACAAAAGGUGUUUAUUUUGCUUAGUUUGGGUCGCAUACAAAUGUAAAUUCAUCUACUACUCCUUUGGUGUGGUGCUCCUUCCUAAGAUGGAUGGGGUCGCAAGAUUAGAGUUUGUAGAUGAGAUGAACUGGAUUCUUGAAUUUUUUUUGUUUGUUGUUUAUUAGUUUUACAUCAAAAGGCGGUAGUGCUAACUUGAAUUUUGAAUUUUGGUUGAUUACUUUUUUUUUUUAUAGAUCGGUUGAACAAAAUCUUUGUAAAUCUUCAAGAAAAUUAUCUAUUCUACAUUUAUCCUAUUGAAUGAAAUAUUAUUUUGUUUA